AUGUCGUCCCCCUUCCGCAUCGUUGAGCAUAUCGUGCCCACGCAGCACAUUAGGGAAUAUCCUGGAGCCACGGCCAACGACCAAGAAGAGCCCUUACAUCUGGCUGUGAAACAAUAUAUUCCACUGGAUAACCCCAAUCCACAACCAGGCGAUAUUACUAUCCUUGGAGCCCACGCGAAUGGUUUCCCCAAGGAACUAUAUGAACCACUUUGGGAGGAAAUCUACGCUCGAUCUAAGCAGAAUGGGAUGCGCAUUCGCAGUAUCUGGAUGGCCGACGUGGCGCAAGAAGGCCAAAGCAGCGUGAUCAAUGAAGAUUCCCUAGGAAAUGAUCCCAGCUGGUUCGACCACCCCCGAGAUCUCCUCCACCUAAUCAAUGUCAAGCGGGCUGAGAUGCCCCGGCCUAUCGUUGGCAUCGGGCAUAGCAUGGGAGGCGCCCAUCUCACACAACUGUACCCAGUGAUCCAGCGUCAAACAACCCAACUAGACAGUCUCAGCCUCCAAAAGAACAAGCGCGAGAUCGCCAAAACAACCCAACUAUCAACCCACCGGCGCGAUAUCUGGCCCUCGCGCCAAGCCGCCGCAGAAGGCUUCCGCCGCAGUCCCUUCUACCAAUCCUGGGACCCACGAGUGUUAUCCCGCUGGAUCGAACACGGUCUGCGCGACCUCCCAACAGCCAUCCACCCUCUAGACCCCAAUACGAAAAUAGACAAAACAACCGGGCCCCCAGUAACCCUCCGAACCCCACUGCACCAAGAAGUGUUCACCUUCUCGCGGCCAAACUACACCAACAUCCCGAACAGCAACAAGCCCGUCAACCGCGUCACACACCCAGAUCUAGACGCAACCCAUCAAGACAGCUACCCCUUCUACCGGCCCGAGCCUGCCCGUAUCUUCUCCCAGCUCCCGUUCCUGCGCCCCAGCGUGCUGUACAUCUUCGCCGGCAAGUCGGAUAUGUGUCUCCCCGCUAUGCGCGCCGAUAAACUCGCCAACACGGGCACCGGUCUGGGUGGUAGUGGUGGUGUUGCUGCGGGCCGGGUGCGUGAUGUCUUCCUCGAGGAUUUUGGUCAUCUACUUGCUCAGGAGGCUGUGAAUGAGUGUGCUGAUGCGGCGGUUUCUUGGCUUGCGCCGGAGAUCCGUCGCUGGCGUGCGGAGGAGGAGAGUUUCCGCGCGGUCUGGAGUCAGAAGUCGAAGAUUGAGAAGGUUACUGUUGAUGCGGAGUGGUUGAAGAAUGUUCCUGCGCCGGCGCGAAGGCCGAAGAAGGCGGUGCAGAAUGGGGAGUCGAAGCUGUAA